GAUUGCUGCCAUCAAUGGGUCGUAUUCCCUGACGUCAUUAAAUCACGGAAAAUAUCGUGUAAUUGCUAUGGCGGCGCGCUAGGACAAAAAGUGAAGAACUGGUGGCGUAAGUAAAUGGUAAAAAGACAGUCAAGUAUGGCGGCCAAGCCUCAUAAGAAACCAAAGGCCAGCCUGGCCCAAGAGUCAGUCAAAGUCAUUGCCGAGUCCACCGGUGUGUCUCACCUCCCUGAUGAAGCGGCUCUCAUUCUGGCCGAGGAGGUCUCCUUCAGACUCAAGAAUCUCAUUCAGGAGUCGGGGAAGUUUGCCAGACAGAGCAAGAGAAAGAAACUGUCAACAGCUGACUUUGACAACGCACUAAAGGUUCAAAAUGUUGAGCCUUUAUAUGGAUUCAACACGCCUGAGUUUAUCCCCUUCCGAUUUGCAAGCGGAGGCGGUCGAGAGUUACAUUUCAUUGAGGAGAAAGAAGUGGAGUUAUCGGAUAUCAUCGGCACCCCCUUGCCCAAGGUUCCUCUGGACGUCAGCCUCAAAGCUCAUUGGUUAAGCAUUGAGGGCAUCCAGCCAGCCAUUCCCGAAAACCCUCCACCAGUGGGCCGAGGUCAGCAGAAAUCUGAAGCCACCGAGACCCUGGUACCCAAGAAGCCAUCCUUUAAAGACCAGCUUGGGGCAGCGGGUGGCAAGCCCGGGGAGGAGGGGGGCAAGGCUGCGCCCCCGGGCCUCAAAGGGAAAGGGGCCCUGGUGGCUGAGGCUAUUAAGCUCAAACCUGUGGUCACCCAUGAGCUGUCUGUGGAGCAGCAGUUGUACUACAAGGAGAUCACAGAGGCCUGCGUGGGGUCGUCAGAAACCAGAAGAGCUGAAGCUCUGAACAGUCUGACCAGCGACCCUGGUCUCUACCAGAUGCUUCCUCGGUUCAGCACCUUCAUCUCGGAGGGAGUCAAAGUCAACGUUGUGCAGAGCAACUUGGUGCUGCUCAUCUACCUGAUGAGAAUGGUCAAAGCUCUGAUGGACAACAGCACGCUGUACUUGGAGAAAUAUCUUCAUGAACUGGUGCCGGCAGUCAUGACAUGCAUUGUCAGCAAGCAGCUGUGCCUGAGACCAGACGUGGAAAAUCACUGGGCACUGCGAGACUUUGCCUCCAGACUCAUGUCCAGCAUCUGCAAGAAGUUUAGUACUACCACUAACAACCUGCAGCUACGCAUCUCUAAGACUUUUGACCAGUGUCUGUGUGAUGAGAAGUCAACAAUGGCCGCCGUGUACGGGGCAUUGUCAGGACUCUGCGAGUUAGGCACAGAGAUUCUCAAGACCAUGGUGCUAGGCAAGUUGACUUCCAUCAGCGACAGGGUUAGACUUGCCUCCGAGUCCCCCAUCAUCAGCAAUGUGGACAAGAACGCUACCGAUCAUCUCUUGCAGCUGGUGCUGAAACAUUGUGCCCCAUAUCUCAAGCAGACACGCUCCACACCGGAUGAGCUUGAUGCCUACAAAAGCGAGUUUGGCUUCCUGGGUACCGCGCUAUUCACACAGGUGAUCAAGCUGCGAACGCAGCCCGCGUCAUCUGGUACCCAGACUUCAUCCUCCCAGGUCCGGCCAACAAUCAAUCUCUCACAGGGGCGGUCGUUCAGCACCAUAGGCCUGGGUCCGCGCACCCCUACCACCCCCCUGGGUGGUCCCCCUCGCACCCCUACCUUCAUCACACGGCCCAGCUUCCAGCGUUUGACCUCUGCCCCUGCUGGCCCCUCCUCUUCGGCCUCCGGGUCGGGUCAACAGAAGAUCGUCAUAGUGACGACCCCUAGCUCCAGAGGUUCAAGCAUUGUCUCUCCGGUACAAACCACAACUACAGUCACCUCGCCCACAUCGCAACCAGCAGUAGUGCGUGUGAUUGGCGGACAGAAACCAACUCCGAAAUACGGACCCACCACGUUGCCCAUCACUUCCACUCAGAAGAUUGUCGUCGUCACCCAGGCCACUACCAUCAUCACCAGGCCUUCCCAGCAGCCCCCGGUCAAGGUCAAAGUUGAAAAUCCCACCGUGAAGGCGGAGUCUCCCACGGCAUCGGGGGCGUCGGAGUCACUGAUGUCACUGGUGCACGCAGCCAGCAUGCAGUCACCGUUAAGCACAGAGAUGGAAGUAAAAAGAGAGCCUAGCGGUGACGGCAAUCAUUGACAACAGGGUACAGGAAUCAUCGUAUGGGCUUCGUGCCUAAGUACCCCCUCAACGGUACGAAAGAGAGAGUUGGGGGAGACCGCUAAGAGAGACAUUGAAACGCAUUGCCGACAACGCCUGAAGCGCACUCAAAAACGCUAUGGCUGUGCGCACGUUUGAAAUAGAAUUUCAUGUGUACUUCACGCCAUAUGUGCGCAAACCAGCACGUGCAGUGUCAACCAACUGGAGCUCUCAAAAGUGACCAAAAGCGCCCUCUCUUGUUUGUGCACAAAGCCUAGAAUUAUCCUUUAGUAGUAUAUCUGUCCAAGAAUCGAUUUGGAAUGCAUUCUAGGGCCCUUGAGGCAUCUUUCCAGCAACUUUCCUGCAAUUUAAUUUUUUGGCUAAAAU